AUGCUCUCUCAAGAAAGUGAAAUAAAGGUGAAAUCUAUUCUUAAUUCUCUAAGUGGAGAAGAAUUAGAGACUCUAAAACUUGAAUUGGAGCGACUUAAAGAAGCAUUUUCUCUAGCAGAGUUCUAUGAAGAAGAGAAGAAAGGGAAUGAAGACUUUACUGAAGAGAUAUCAGAGCUAUUUUCUCAGCUGCAUGUCUCCUCCAAACCAGAGAAACUUGCCAGGGCAAGAUAUACAGCCUAUGAAUGGAUCAGGACAUCUCUGGAAGAGAUGGAAACCAUUGGAAGAGUGGGAGAAGGAGAAAAACAGUUGGAAGCAGAAAAACCUGAGCAAAUCAAUAACAAUUCAAUAGAGGAUAUCCGUGCAUUUGCAAUCCGGAGCCUAGCAGAACUGCCUGCUCACUUGAACUACUUCACAAAACAGUUGCUCCGGUUCUGCACGGCUGGAAGCAGGAAGUAA